GACAAAGGACAACUGAAAUUAAGAGGAUUUCCAGUCUGUUCUGGUGGCUGGUCCAGAAGGAUGUUUCAGUUCCUGCUUCUCACCUGCCUCUUCUUCACAAUCACACCUGCAUCACCAAUGGCCCUAGAUCCUUGUUCCGCUUACAUCAGUUUGAAUGAGCCAUGGAGGAACACUGACCAUCAGUUCGAUGAGUCUCAAGGUCCCCCUCUUUGUGACAACCAUGUGGAUGGGGAGUGGUACCGCUUCACAGGCAUGGCAGGGGAUGCCAUGCCCACCUUCUGCAUACCAGAAAACCACUGUGGAACCCAUGCACCUGUCUGGCUCAAUGGCAGCCACCCGCUAGAAAGUGAUGGCAUCGUGCAACGCCAGGCCUGUGCCAGCUUCAACGGGAACUGCUGCCUCUGGAACACCACGGUGGAGGUCAAGGCUUGCCCGGGAGGCUACUAUGUGUAUCGUCUGACCAAGCCCAGUGUCUGCUUUCAUGUCUACUGUGGUCAUUUUUAUGACAUCUGCGACGAGGACUGCCAUGGCAGCUGUGUAGACACCAGUGAGUGCAUGUGCUCUCCAGGGACGGUGCUGGGCCCCGACAGGCAGACAUGCUUCGAUGAAAAUGAAUGUGAGCAAAACAAUGGUGGCUGCAGUGAGAUCUGUGUAAACCUGAAAAAUUCAUAUCGCUGUGGGUGUGGGGUUGGCCGCGUGCUAAGAAGUGACGGCAAGACGUGUGAAGACAUUGAAGGAUGUCACAGCAACAAUGGUGGUUGCAGCCACCUUUGCCUUGUGUCUGAGAAGGGCUAUCAGUGUGAAUGUCCCCGGGGCUUGGUGCUGUCUGAGGACAACCACACGUGCCAAGUCCCCGUGUUGUGCAAGUCGAAUACCAUUGAAGUGAGCAUCCCCAGGGACCUGGUUGGCGGUCUGGAGCUCUUCCUGACCAACACUUCCUGCCGAGGAGUGUCCAAUGGCACCCAUGUCAACAUCCUCUUCUCCCUCAAGACGUGUGGCACAGUGGUUGAUGUGGUAAAUGACAAGAUUGUGGCAAGCAACCUUGUGACAGGUCUACCCAAGCAGACCCCAGGGAGCAGCGGAGACAUCAUCAUCCGAACCAGCAAAGUGCUGAUCCCAGUGACCUGCGAGUUUCCACGCCUGUACACCAUUUCAGAAGGAUACAUCCCCCACCUUAGAAAUGCCCCACUGGAAAUCAUGAGCCGCAGUCAUGGAAUCUUCCCGUUCACUCUGGAGAUCUUCAAGGACAAUGAGUUUGAAGAGACUUACCGGGAAGCCUUGCCCACCCUCAAGCUUCGAGACUCCCUCUACUUUGGCAUUGAGCCUGUGGUGCACGUGAAUGGCUUAGAAAGCCUGGUGGAGAGCUGCUUUGCCACCCCCACCUCCAAGAUCGACGAGAUCCUGAAGUACUACCUCAUCCAGGAUGGCUGUGUUUCAGAUGACUCCGUGAAGCAGUACACGUCCCGGGACCACCUAGCAAAGCACUUCCAGGUCCCUGUCUUCAAGUUUGUGGGCAAAGACCACAAGGAAGUGUUUCUGCACUGCCAGGUCCUUGUCUGUGGACGGCUGGACGAGCAUUCCCGCUGUGCCCAGGGCUGCCACCGGCGAAUGCGCCGUGAGGCAGUGGAAGGAGAGGACACAGCUGGUCCACAGAGCCAGAUGCUGACAGGCGGCCCGAUUAACAUCGACUGGGAGGACUAGGACCACCCAACACCCGACUCCUGGCUCUGGGUUGCCCACCUCUUUGGAAUUACUCCCCUCUGAGAACAUCAGUCAACACCUUCGAACAUGGCACUUCUUUAAACCUCAU